AUGAAAGACAGGUCUCUGUAUUGUCAACGAAUCCUGCACGUAAAAUGUACCGCUCAACGAAAGCCAUCCUUUGUAUUUCCUUCCGAUAACGAGCACUAUGUAUGUAACGUUUGCGAAGAGGACCAAAAUUUGUCAAUCGAAAGUAAUAAUCAAGCCAAUAGAGCAUCACAACACUCAAGGUGUGUACCUUUAAAAUACCGGCAAAAUAAGCGAUACACAUCCAGCUCUGCCGGUCAAAGAUACAGACCCCAGAAGUGCAGCGAUGGGGAGAGGAAGAUGUGGUGGGCAGAAUAUAAUACAGGAGUCACCCACUACUGCGAUUACGAGGAAGUUGGAACAGAUUUGUUCACUGCUCCACUAAAUUACUCAUUGGGACAUUGUGUUUCUCAAGAUCUGAAGAUGUCACAAGGCAUCGUAACAAAAUUUAGGUACAGUAUAGUUCAACAACAUUGGAAAUUUUCAGAUGUCAAAGAAACUUUUGGUAAAUCUCCAGUACGAGAACGAUCACCCAUUAGAAGACAACCAGUAAAAAACCAAGCUAACGUUAGAGAGGAAUUCAGAACAACCAUGGCUGACAAUCCACAAAUGUUAUUUAACCUAUUGAAAGAUAGUGUGCCUAUCUUUUCUGAAACAUCAAAUAAUUUAUCUGUAUAUUUGCGUAAAUCUAGAGAAUUUGUUGCCGCUUUGCAUGGCCCAUAUCAAAUUCAUGCUUUAUCGUACGUAAAAUCCAAACUACAAGGAGAACCUUCUGUUAUCGUUGAACGAAAUAAUCCUCAAACUUGGCAAGAAUUUGAAGAAAUUCUCAAAGAACAAUUGUUUUGCGUUGGACCUGCAUAUUUCAUAUCUUCGUUGGAUAAAGAAUGUUCUGAGGGAUAUCUAGCAUCGGUUCUAGCUAUCGUAGCUCAUUUCAAAGGCGACAACGCUGGCUUACGAAGGUCAGGAAGGAUUCGCAGGCCACCGCCCUACCUGUGUCCAUUCGUAGUCCACGUUGAGACGAAAAGGGAAUUGAACGCCAUAAAUCGGGGUAUCCCUGAGGAGUGCCUGGCCAAUAAUAAGAAAAACAAAGUACAAACAUACCAUUCCACUGACAAGAGACAUAAAAGGAGAGGAGCGGCAAAAGUUAUAAAUAUAUUUGAACAAAAAUGUGCUGUUAAUGAAGCAUUCAAAUUCUGCACGAACGCAUAUUCAUAUCAACGUUCAGAGAAAAGAUUAAUCAAUAGUUAUGAGUAUGUGGUAUGCACCAUUGCGUCGUUGAUUGAAACAGGAUAUAGGAUAAAUCAUAAAAUCCUUUUGAUGUUGAAGUACUCGUAUACGACUAGAGCUGAAUGCAUUGCACUCACUCGGUGA